AUGCGACCACCGACAACUGAGAAGGCUGCUGACAUAUUGCUGAAGGUGUUUGAUUCUGAUGUCGCGCAAUGUCUGGUCCCUGGAUUGUGUGUCCCAUUUGACUUUGCAGUCUAUAUGCCACUGGCACUGAACAUCAACCCUAAGAAAUAUUUACAGGUGCGGCACUCCUUCAUGCUUUGUCUCACUGUCAAUUAUGAAGCAGCCGUACCACCAAGUGAACAGGAGGAGUUCAAGUUGUACAAUGAACAUAUUGAUAAUCUACUACAGUUGACUGGAGAUUAUGAUUCAGUUAUCAUCUGCCUUGGGGCCAAAGCUUGCUCACUUCCCGAACUCGCAAAUAAGCUGCCUCUUAGAACCUGUAGAGGAGUUAUUGCUGAAUUCCAGUUGCCAUCAAAUACAGUAGAAGAAUAUGGCAGCCAGAGCCCUUCAAUCUUAUCUGAUGCGUGGCUGGCAUUCCAAGGUCCCCGUAUUAUUUCUAUUGGGUCUACGUGGCAAUGUAAGUCCGAGAACUAUGCUUCAAUGGUAUCCGAUGAAGAAGCUCUUACUGCAAUGGAAGAGUUGCCACCAAAAACUUCUGGCGUUUAUCCAGGAAUAAGUAAAUGGGAUUUUGUACGCGCAAGAGCUAGGAUACAAGCCAUGCCUCCACUGACAGCUAAUGGAUCAUUGCCACUUAAUUGAGCUGCCCCAUUUCCUUUUAGCAUAUUGACUAAACAUUUCCGGUUGCCUUUACCAUUUUCACGAUUAUUUUGUAGAUUGGAGGAUAGGUCACUUUGCACAUCCAUAUGGAUUUCAAUAUUUCGUCUUCACAAUGUUUCUGCUCGUUUGCAAUAUUGGAGGUCCAAGAUUCCAAGAGAGACUCCUUUUUCUCAAUCUCAGGUUUAUUUGAUUUUUCAAUCUUUUUCUGUGUCCGCAGCACAUUUUUUAUUUUCAAUUUAUUCUCUGCCUACAACAUAUUUCAGUUAUCUUA